AUGGCGACCUUCAGUAUUGUCAUGCGUUGUCUUUCACGGGGACAACGGCAAUGUAGUUUACGUUUGCGAACUUGCUCUAGAGCGUUAAGUAAUAUUCAUAUUAAAAAAGGGUUUUACCAAGUGCAGAUAUGUACUUUUUCUUAUCAGAAAGACUAUGUGCGUUUAUUUUCGUCGACCUCAAGACUAUUAGAAAGUCAGACGCAGCAGACCCCGGUUUUAUCGCCAUUAUUGCAAACCCAACGUUCUUCCGAUGACAGUAUCAGCAAAUUAGGUAGUGCCGACGAUGGGAAGAAAGACGACCCUGGUUCUGAUGACAAAUCAAACCCUGACAAACAGAAGGACUCUUGGUGGAGAGGAAAGAAUUCUUGGCGACUGGGAUUAAUCUUCAUUGGUGGCGUUUUGACGGCAUGGGGUGUGGGUCUGGUAUCUAUAUGGGGUGCACCACAGCUAGAUCCAGAUGGAAAAGAGAUUCAAGAUGAAUUUAGUGAAAUGCCAUCAGUUUUAGCAUAUCUGAGAAGAACUUGGAAAGAAAUGAACAUUUUCAAGCAGAAAAUCCAAGAUCCAUCUAGGGAAAAACUAUUGCCAGAUCCUCUGAAGUACCCUUACAUUCAGCCACCAUACACACUAGUGAUAGAGCUCACUGGAGUUCUUAUACAUCCAGACUGGACAUACAACACAGGCUGGAGAUUUAAGAAGCGACCAGGCAUUGACUACUUCCUGCAGCAGAUUGGACCUCCCUUGUAUGAAGUUGUCAUAUACUCCUCAGAGUCUGGCUUGACCGCUGAUCCUCUUGUGAAUCAUCUUGACCCCCAAGGUUACAUAAUGUACCGUUUGUACCGAGAUGCAACUCGCUACAUGGAUGGGCACCAUGUUAAAGACCUGUCUUGUCUGAACCGGGACAUGUCCAAAAUCAUCAUGCUGGACUGUAACCCGGAGUCAGUGAAGCUGCAGCCUCAGAACUCUCUGGUGUUGAAGAGAUGGACAGGGGAUGACAAUGAUAGGACUCUCAUAGAUCUUGCUCAUUUUCUUAAAACCAUUGCUGCAAGUGGAGUGGAUGAUAUCCGGGCAGUCAUAGAGUACUACAGUCAGUUUGACGACCCUUUAAGUGCAUUUAAAGAGAAUCAAAGAAAGCUUCAGGAAGAGGAGGAAACCAGGGCAAAACUGGCACAAGAAGAAAGCAAAAAGAAGAGUUGGCUGUCAGGGUUCACGAAUCGACGAUGA